AUGGCGAGCGGUAUCGUCAGAGCCUGUACUCGAUGUCAUUUCAAGAAAAUCAGGUGUGACGGCACGUCCGAAUGUCAGAAUUGUACAGAAGCUGGUACACCAUGUGAACCAUACACUAGACUCAAACGCAUCGAGGUGUACAACCACACAAGGAAAAGGUUGUCAUGGCUCGAGGACGAGCUUGCCUCAGUCUUCAAUGUCGACUGCCGUUCCCUCAAAACAGGUACUUCUCUAGGACCUGUGUUGAGGAGGGCUAAUGGCCAUAUCGUGGCGGCCCACACGACACCCACCCAGCUCACCCGACAAGAUCAACCUGUGCAGACAUUUGCUCCAGAGAAUCAUCAGGUCGGGCAAGAUGACACCACUCUCGAAAGUCCCCUCAAUAUGGAUGCCCCCGAGACAGGCUUGCUCGCUCUGAACGCCACUGGAGAGCUGCGCUAUCUUGGCCCCUCUUCCGGUUCAUUCUUUGCCAGCUACGCUGCUUCUUUGGCUCGAUCGUGCGUGCCGGCUCAGAACAACCGAGGUGGUCCUUCAAGUACCACUGAUAAUUCCAACAGCAACGAAAGGGCGGUCAACGUGACCAACCUGAAUCAAAUCCUUUCCCCAGAGUCUAUUCGAUUGCUCACUCGCUCCUUCAAACUCUGGAUAUUGCCUCUUUACCCACUGUUCACGCAUACUGAUCUGAACAGCCUUGUCGGAAGAUGCGAGAACUUUCAAACCACCCCUCGGACGGAAGAUUUUGCGCAAAGCCGUGAGAUUAUUAUCUUCUACCUUGUGAUGGCCUUGGGUACCACCAAUGUCACAAAUACGUUCAAAGAAUCCCAAAAUGCAGCACCACCGAGGUGCUCUCUGCCAUCUGCAAGCCUUCUUUAUGGAACAGCACUCGAUUUGUUCGAACAUAACGUACAACAUCUCCGUCCAAGCAUGUCCCUCAUACAGAUACUCCUGUUGAUUUCCAUUUAUAGCUCCUAUGGACCUAGUGGCUUGAGUCAAUGGCAGCUUGCAGGCCUGGCCAUGCGGAUGGCCGUGGAACUUGGUCUUCAUUGUUCCCACCGUAACUGGCGGAUUACUGAAGAUGAUAUCGACCGGCGCAAUCGAGUAUUCUGGACGGCGUAUGUCAUUGAGACCACGCUUGCCUAUAACCUUGGGAGGCCGCCUAGCAUCGUGAAUGAUCACAUCACCGCCAAGUUGCCAGUGUGUCUAGGCGAGGGCGGUCUCGCUGUGCACCACGUCAGACAUAGGAUGAUUCAGAACAAGAUCAUAUCGUCAGUCUAUUUUACAAAUCCCGCCCAACCUCCCGACCAGGAGAGUAGAUGUCGAGUCAUACGGGAUCUGCAGGCAGAGCUUGACGAUUGGAGAACGCGUCUGGGUGAAAUAUACCGGCAAGAACAAAGCUCGUCUUAUCCGCUCAGCUAUUGGAAAGGCUUUAUCAUGGAACGUCUUUCGUGUUACAUCGAUCUAGUCCAUUAUGCCCACACCCUUCGGCCGAAUCAGCAGAGCAAUGUAUUCGAUCAGCCGGGACUUAUAUCGACAACCUACUGA